UUCCUUUUUUAACGGGUGCUUCAAUGUAAUUAGUUCUAUCAUCUGAGUGAUUUUGCCUUAUGAUUCCAUUAAAUUAAGUUCUAUAAGAUAAUCGCGAACAGUUUGCAAUCCUUCUUUUUCUAACGCAUACUUUUCAGAAAUUAAAGUUAUGAAGAUAGAAUAUCCAACUACUUAAAUGCCUCCAAAGCGUAAGAAAGCUGUUUUAUAUACAGAAACUUCUGCUAAGAAGGCAAAAAACACAGAGGAUAAUAUAAGUUCAAUGCAGAAAUAUUUCAAGUCUGCUUUAAGUUGUGAAGCAAGUUUAUGUAAAUAUUCAGAUCGUAAAUGUGAAGAGUGGUUUUACAAAUAUGCAGACGAGAAUAAAAAAUUUAUUGGUCCUGUCGGUAUUGAAAGGUUAUGUAAAGACUUGCAAGUAGAACCUGAGGAUGUUGUUACACUUGUAAUUGCAUGGAAGUUAGGUGCUGAAAGUAUGGGAUACUUUAAACUAAAUGAAUGGAAAAAUGGAAUGGCAUCUAUGGAAUGUGACAAUAUAAUAAAACUGAAGUCUAUGUUGAGCUCUCUCCGUGAUUUAUUGAAAGAUGGUGCUCAAUUCAAAAAGAUAUACAGAUAUGCAUUUGAUUUUUCGCGGGAUAAAGAUCAAAAAAGUCUUGACAUUACUACAGCAAAAGCAAUGUUACUGCUUCUAUUAAAUAAUUCUUGGUCUCUUAUUUCUGAUUUCAUUGAGUUUCUUAAUCAAUCAAAGUACAAAAUUAUAAACCGUGAUCAAUGGAAUAGUUUACUGGAGUUUAUUCGAACAGUUUCAUCAUCGGAUUUCUCUAAAUAUGACGAAACUGGAGCCUGGCCAGUCAUGCUUGAUGAGUUUGUUCAAUGGUAUCUAGAUAAAACGAAAAUGUCUUGAAUGUUUCUGCUAGAAGUUGUGUUUAGCGCAGUUUUUACAUAUGGAACUUUACGGAAAUAUUUUUUAGCUGUUAAUAGAAAAUCUUAUUUA